AUGAAGGAGUUAAAUACAGAAAUAGCAGCCUUGUGUGAUGUCCAAGAAACAUUUACAGCCAAAGAACAUAGUCUGAGCUCACCAGUGGAGGAAGUGUGUCAGCUGAGAAGUAGUGUUGAAAAGCUUAAAGUGCAUAUCACAGCAGAGAAAAAGAAGCAGCUCCAAGUCUUAGAAAAACUGGAGGAAAGUGAGCAGAAUGCAGAUUUGCUUAAGGAUAGAGUAGAGAACCUCAGAAGAGAACUAGAAAUUGCUGGAAAAAACCAUGAGCUUAUUAUUCUUGAUGCUGAGAAUUCCAGAGCAGAGGUAGAGACCCUAAAAACAAAAAUACAAGAGUUGACUGAAAGCUCAAAAGGUUUAGAAUUAGGUCUUGUCACAGUAAGGUCUGAAAAUGAAAACCUGAAUAAAGAGCUACAAGAAAAACAAAGUCAAGUGUCUGAGUUAGACACAUUAGUCUCUUCACUUCAAAGUUUACUAGAAGAAAAGGAGCAAGAGAAAAUACAUAUUAAAGAAGAAUCUAAAACUGCAGAGGAAUUGCUUCACACACAAUUGAAGAAAUUAAAUGAAGAAGUAGCAGCCUUGUGUGAUGCCCAAGAGACCUCUAUGGCCAAAGAAGAGAUCUUAGAAAAACUAGAGGAAAGUGAGCAGAAUGCAGAUUUGCUUAAGGAUAGAAGGUAG